AUGAGCGACGCUGGCCCCUCGAACGCCAGUGGCGACACGGACACCGAUAGCAACACGUCUAUGCUCAGUCCCGAGCAAAUGGCACAGGGUAUCGAGCAAAACAAUGCCGAGAUCCUGGCUGAGAUAGACACCAGCGUCACGGCCUCCAUGAGUUUUAACGACCUGUGCAAGUUCUUCGGCGUGUCAAAGUUCGAUGGCAAUGCCGACAACCUGGAUCGUUUUGACAAGGUUACCGUCCUCAUUACCUGCUUGUCGGACUCGGCACUGGAGUUCAUCUUCGAUGGCAGUGCCGACAGCCUGGAUCGUUUUGACAAGGUUACCGUCCUCAUUACCUGCUUGUCCGAACUCGGCACUGGAGUUCAUCAUGGACGAGCUGGACGACAAACCCGCGUGAAGGAAGUGGUCGAGACGGUUGAGAGGCUGAGGCGCAUUCGCGGCAUCAACAUCACCGAGGACGGCAUCAAGCAGGACUUGCUCGCAGCCCUGCCGCCCGUCGUGUACGCCACCCAUGCCCUCGACUGGUCCUUGGAUGAGACGCUGGCGAACAUCAAGGCCUCGAUCCUGUAUUCGAUGCAAUUCGAGCCGAAGCGCAGAAACAACGGCAACAGGGUGAGCGACAACACCCCCCUUGACAGCAGCGACAACCGCGGUCACAACAACAGCAACAGCAACAACAGCAACAACAGCAACAACGCCGGUCGCAAUGGUGGCAACUAUGCGACUUACAACAAUUCGGCUCGCGGCAACGGCAACGGUAACGGCAACCGCAACGGCAACGGCAACAGGGCAGCGCACAACAACAAGCCGGGCCCGUCGCAGCGCUCGUCCUCUUCGCCAAUCACUGACAAGGAGCGCGCGGAAUGCUUGGCGAAAGGCCUCUGCUACAAGUGCAGGGAGCCGGGUCACAUUGCCAGCAGGUGCCUCACGCGUUUCUCCAAGAAGCAACUCGCUGCCGCCCUGUUCGCGCACUGGGCUACCGACGACAACGACGACGACGACGACGACGACGACGACGAGCCGCAGCAGCAAGGCCGGCAGGGCCAAUCCCAGCAGGGAAAAGCCCAGCCCACCGCCAGGGCCAUCUGA